UAAUGGUCUAAACCAAACUCUUCCUUUCCCAAAAGUCAAAACAAGAUUUUCUCUCUCUACUCUUCAUUCCGCCCACGCCUUUCUGCUGCUGGCUGUUGGCUGCUUCAACAAGCUUGGCUGCAGAGUUCUUUUUUUCUGUGAGUUGACCCUAACAGCAGAAGUGUUGUAAAAAUGGCUUGUUUUGGUUUCUGCCUAAGAGGGAAUGCAUCUCCCACACACAACCAUCUAACAGAAAUUGAUGAAGAAAUUUCAACCAUUGAGAAUGCAAGGGUGUAUCGCUACAAGGAAUUGCGGGCUGCAACUGAAGAUUUUUGCCCUGUAAACAAAAUAGGCAAAGGAGGGUUUGGUUCUGUCUACAAGGGGAGGCUAAAAGAUGGAAGAUUGGCUGCUAUUAAGGUACUUUCUGUUGAGUCGAAACAAGGUGUAAAGGAGUUUUUGACAGAAAUAAAGGUGAUCUCAAGUAUAGAACAUGAAAACCUGGUGAAGUUGUAUGGCUGUUGUGCGGAAGGGGAUCAUAGAAUAUUGGUGUAUGGCUACCUGGAAAAUAAUAGUCUUGCUCAAACUCUGCUUGGUGGUGCCCAUAGUAGCCUCCAGUUUAGCUGGAAAACACGAACUAAAAUAUGCAUUGGUGUUGCACGAGGACUUGCAUUCCUCCAUGAAGAAGUCCAGCCUUAUAUAGUUCAUAGAGACAUUAAAGCAAGUAACAUCCUUCUCGACAGAGACCUGACCCCAAAGAUCUCAGAUUUUGGUCUUGCUAAGCUUAUUCCAGCUGAUAUGACCCAUGUUAGCACUCGUGUGGCAGGAACUCUGAUCUCUGGGGGGAUAUACAAGAUCAACUUGUCUAAUGUGACAUUUCCUUGAUGGACAAUAAAUAGAUACCAAAGUCUGUUAAGGUUUCAAUGCUAAGCUGGCAGUAUCAAGUGGUACCUAGAGAGAUCAAGCUGAUAUGGAAAACUAGUCCUCUUUGUAUCUUUUGGACUAUUUGGCUAGAGAGGAAUAGGGCAUGGCUUGAGGGGAAAAAGGAACAUAAUUUUAGAACUAAAAAUAGAUGUUUACGUAAUCUUUACUUUUGGUGUAAAAGCAGUCUGCUAGUUAAUCUUGAUCAGUAUAUGAAUUUUCUGGAUUUAUUAGGAAGAAGGAUGUAGUAAUUUGCUUCUUUUUGGCUUCUGUCUGAGUGAUGUACUAGUUUGUACCAUCUUGGUACUUUAUCAAUAAAAUCUUACCUUAUCAAAAAAAUAAAAAUAAAAUAAAUAGAGUCUCACUUAGUUGGAUCUAAUUUGACGGUGUAAGGCGGAGGAGGGUCUGGCUUGGCUAGAGUGGCAUCUUUAAUAUUUAAUGUGGUAUCUUACCAAUACUUCCAUACCUUUUGGCAUAGAAAGGUUAAAAUAUGUGCAUUCAGAAACCAACACCAGA